AUGAAUAUUAAAUCGAUCAAAUACAUUAUUUGGCUGCUGCCGAUACUAGGACUAACACAAGCACUUCUACAAAGCCCCGGCGAUGAUUUUCCAUUUAGCACAGUAAUAGAUAUCCUCUCAGAAAACGUUGAAUUUUCAACUUUUCUGAGAAUUAUUCAAAAGAAGGGCCAUGUACAAUACUUGAAUGAACUGCAGAACUUUACACUUUUCGCCCCGGUCAAUUCAGGUUUUGUUAAAGAGGAUCAAAUUACCCAUCCAUUUGAAGAGCAUUUCAAUAUUGAGGAUUACCUUAUGCAUGAUAGGGUGUUGGAAGUGAGAGAUCUCGAAAAUGGUACCUACUUGGAGAAGAGAGCUAAAACAGCACCACUCCUGCUGACGAAGUAUGAACAUCGUUGUUUUAUCAAUGAAAUUACCGUUGUUGAACCCGAUUUGCAGCCAAGUUUCCAAAAUGCUUCUGUACAGGGUAUUGAUAACGUGCUUCAAACACCACCUCCGAUAAACGAGUUACUAGUACAACUAGACGAAGAAACGCAGGAUUUAAAAAUGUUCAACGAUUUCAUGACUAGUUUUUCAGACUAUAAUGCAUACACAAAUACGUCUACCAUUUUGGUACCUUUAGAUGCAAAUUUCCAAAAAUACUUCAAUGCAAUCGAAAUGAACUAUUUGAGUGACAGAUAUAAAAAACUGGGGAAAUCAAAUGCAAUUUCUCAAGGCAAAUGGAUCGCUGACAGAAAUUCCCUACUUCAAGAACUUAUUAUUGAUGAUAUAUAUGGUGGUAUUUUGCCCAACGAGAUAAUCCUAAGAAACAAAAACGAUAGGUCACUCUCAAUCGAGAGCAAUUCUGACGGCACACUAAUAAGUGUAAAUAAUUCAGACUACUCACGUAUAUCAAAUAGAAUUUUUGAGAUAGGCGUUGUGCACGUAUUUUCUGGUCUAGACUUUUUACGAAAGCAUAUACACUUCGAUGCUGAAAAGUAUCUACAUGGUUUGAACUGCUCAGAAUUCGUAAAAGAGCUCUAUUUCAGAGACCUCGAAGAGCUCAUUCAAAACGGUGAUAGAACCACCAUAUUCGUACCACAAGCUUCUUUUAAUGAGGAUCGUGGAUACACAAAACCAUCAAUCCUAUACCAUUUCGUUGAAGACAAAAUCAAUCUUGAAAAGGACUUCUCGUUAUUGCAUAAAGUUCAAGACCUAUCUACCCAGAUUUAUGACUCCGCGUUUUGCUCAUCGGCUAAAAGGCUCGGUGGGCAUUGCCAAAAGUUUAAAAUUUCAAGAUCCAAUGGGGGUUAUUACAUUAAUGGUCGUUUCAAAAUCCUUAAUACUAAACCGUAUGAAAUCGGUAAUACCUAUAUAUAUUCCAUCGAGGAUGACCUCAAAUUGCCAGGUGAUCUAGUGUUGUCUUUGCCGCCUCAAGAUCACUGUUCUAUUUCACUAAUGCUUUUAAAGGACCUUGAUCUUUUGAAUUUACCAUCAAAUCAUAAGGGAUACACGAUACUGCUUCCAUGUGUGAAUUCAUGGGACAAUAAUGAUUUAACUGUAGAUUAUUUGAAGUCAAACAAAACGGCCUUAGACCUACUCAUGAAGAACCUAAUUUUCGAGGAACUUAUUUAUUCAAACGACUAUAAUGUUUCAGCCGCAGUCAAAAAUCUAUACGGAAACUCUGUAUCUAUUCAAGUAGAGGAAGUUGUAGAGAGUCGCAAUCUGACAAAGAUUUCAGUAAGCAAUAUAAAAGAGGAUAUAUUCGUUGAGCGAAAUUCCGAUAUAUUCUUCGAUCAAGGAGUCGUUCACCCUAUAAACCGAUUGAAUUUUCCAGUUGAUUUGAAAAUAACAUUAAAAGAACUUAUAGAAACUACUGGGACGAAAGAAAUGUUCAAUUAUUUCGAAGUGUUUCAUGACCUUUCUUCGAUUAUUCGAAAUAACGAAGAGUACUCUCUUCUAGUGCCAACAGCGUCUUCUAUUCCGUUAAGUGGCAUAACAGUGAAUUCGACAGAUUUGAGAUUAUUUCUUGAACUUCAUUUGAUCCCUGCUAAUGAAACGCAAAAUUUGCUGGAUUGUAACGGCGCCAUUACCACAAAGUUAGGUAAGCAACUAAACUGCAGGAAAGACCAUCUAAAUAACGUCUUUGUUAGCAUGCAGGACGAUUGGAGCAAGGAAGUUAGAAUUCUCAAAAGAGGUUGCACUUCUGGCUUGAAAACCUCAUGUGUGUUCCUGAUCGACAGACCCAUAUCCUUAUCUUGGUUAGACAAAGAGAAAUAUCAUUUACGUUUGCCAGGAAUAGCAGUGGGAAUUGGAAUGAUCAUCGGAGUUACGUUGACUGUUUCAUUAUUAUUUUGUAUGAUAAUCACUAGAAGCGGGAAAGCAAAAGACACCGAUGAAAGAGGAAGAGCUGAUCAAGCAACCACGCCACUAGUUCGACCCUCCCCCAGUCUCCAUAAUUUUUCCUAUUCAGCAACAGCACUUUCUCAACCUACUUUUGAGGGAUCAUAUUCUGGGAAUGCCAUUCAUAGACCUAGGGAUAUACGAAAAGCAGGAUCUGAACAAAGCGGCAACCGAAGUGUCAGCACUUCCUAA